AUGUGUCCAGGACAUUCAGUCUUCACAUGCCGUCAAACCUCAAGGUGCCAUGUAUGUAAGAAAAAGCAUCAUUCUCUUUUACAUCCUAGUGUUCCAAAGUCAGCUGAAAAUAGUGUUAAUGGCUCUUCAGUUGACAAGAGUGUUGUUGUAGCAACUGCCACUUCAUUAAUUAAUGAUGAUAAUAAUGUUGUAGAGUCAUGUGCAAAUAACCAUAACCAAGUACUUUUGGCUACGGCUCUAGUCGAUGUGGAGUCUGGAUCAGGUAUUUGCAAGACAUUCCGUGCUUUAUUAGAUCAGGGAUCCCAGGCUUCAUUUGUUACAGAAUCAGCAGUACAAGCUCUUGGCCUGCAGAAAGUGCCUGGCAAAACAUCAAUAUCUGGUGUUGGUGAUCAGAAUGACUCUAUUGUCUCAAAAUCAAUAGUUAGUUUUAGUCUCAAGUCAAUUCAUGAUCCCAACUACCAGAUUGUAGUUAAGGCUCAUGUUUUAAAGAAACUCACAUCGGUUAUCCCGUCUAAGAGGGUGAGAGUGGAAACGAUACCCAAUAUUAUUCAUCUACAACUUGCAGACCCAAAUUUCCACAUCCCCAAUAAAGUUGACCUUCUGUUGGGAGCAGAUGUCUACAGUCAAAUUUUAGUUGAGGGCUUACUUAAAGGGCCCGCAGGCACACCGGUAGCGCAAAACACCAAGCUUGGUUGGAUCUUAUCAGGUAUGGCUCCUUCUGAAGCUGUAGAUAGCUCUCCGAUAUGCCUCCAUAAUACUGUGAUUUGUAUGAAUACUUGUGUAAGCAACGAUGAUGACAUGUUAAAGAAAUUUUGGGAAUUGGAGUCAGAAUCAAAAUUAGAACCCAAACUUCUGUCCGAGGAGGAACAAGCUUGCGAAAAUUUGUAUGCUGCGACAACAACACGGGAUGCCGAUGGACGUUAUGUUGUCAAGCUUCCUUUUCGUUCUCCGGAUCCUGAAUGCAAGUAUGGCAACUCCUUAGGCAUCGCUGCUCAACGACUUAAAUACUUGCGUAGAAGGUUAGAAAAGAAUGUAGAAUUGAAAAAUCAAUACGCAAAGGUCAUGGAAGAGUAUCUCACACUGGGCCAUAUGGAACUGGUGCCAGAAGACCAAAGAAUAAAAUCCGACAGUGUUUACCUUCCUCAUCAUGCUGUUGUGCGAGAAGACAAAACCACCACUAAAGUGCGCGUGGUCUUUAAUGCAUCCAGUCCAGGUAGUAACGGCAUCUCAUUGAAUAAUGACCUCAUGGUCGGUCCUAGAUUGCAGCUAGACUUAAGGCAUAUAGUUAUGCGUUGGCGUAGGCAUCCCAUAGCUGUUAUUGCAGAUAUUGUCAAAAUGUACAGGCAGAUAAAGGUGACUGAUGAGGAUAUCGACUAUCAAAGGAUUUUGUGGGCUGAUGAUUCAGGGACAGAUACUCACCAUUACAGAAUGUUACGCGUUACCUUCGGUACGGCUAGUGCACCUUAUCUUGCGGUGAAGACACUAAUUCAGCUUGCAAAAGAUGAAAAUCAAACAUAUCCUUUGGCAUCGGAAAAAGUGUUAAAAGAUUUCUAUAUGGAUGACUUAAUGACCGGCUGCCAAACCAUCGACGAAAGCCUGGAGCUGUAUAGGCAAAUGAAUGGAUUGAUGAAAAAGGGAUGUUUUGAAUUGCAAAAAUGGGAUUCGAAUAGUAGUGAUUUUCGACAGCGCAUAGAUGAGAGUGCAAAGGGAACGGGGGAAGCGAUAGAAAUUGGGACAGAAAAGGAAGGUACUGAGUUGAAAAAGGUACUUGGUUUGAAAUGGAAUAAGCUAACAGAUGAGUUCGAAUAUACAGUGCAACUUUCCGAAUUGAAUUUACCUGUUACCAAAAGGAAGGUUUUAUCUGACAUUUCCCGUUUGUUUGACCCUCUGGGUUGGAUUGCACCAUCCACAAUACAAGCCAAAAUAUUCAUUCAGAAGCUAUGGAUGGCAGGAUUGGAAUGGGAUCAGGAAUUGCCGGAGCACUUACUGCGGGAAUGGAUAGCUUACCGAAAUAAACUCUCAAUGCUCACUAGUUUCACUAUACCGAGAUGGACGCAUACAAAAAGUGAUGACGUUCUCCUAGAGCUGCACGGUUUCUGUGAUGCGUCACAGCAUGCCUAUGCCGCCGUAGUAUACCUUCGGGUCGUGAGUUACAAUGGAGAAGUUCAUGUUUGUCUGAUAACCUCUAAAACAAAGGUGGCUCCCAUUAAGGUAAUAUCAAUUCCCCGAUUGGAGUUGUGCGGUGCUGUUCUGCUGACUAAACUGUUGUCUGAAGUUUCUGAAGUUUUAGAAAUCUCUAAAGAUCGUGUUCAUGCUUGGACCGAUUCUCAAGUAGUUCUGACUUGGCUCAGCAGUCAUCCUAGCAGAUGGAAGACUUUUAUAGCCAACAGAGUAUCCAAUAUUAUGUCGUUGAUGGAUAGAAAUCAAUGGUCACACGUUCGGUCUUCCGAAAAUCCCGCUGAUUGCGCCUCGCGUGGUGAUCAGCCCUCGAAAGAAGCUGAAAUCCAACUUUGGAAGAAUGGCCCAUCUUGGUUGUCACAAAAAGUCAUAAAUUACAGUCCACUGAGCUACAACCAAGAACAAGACACCAAUAUAGAAGAAAAAGCCGAUAAGACCAUUACGUGCCUGACUAAUGUUGAGGUGGACGAUAUUUGGACAAGAUUCUCUUCACUGAGACGACUGAUAAGAGUUCUUUCCUACUGUCGUAGAUUCAUUCAUAUCACUUCCGCAAAAGUUAAGCAUCUUAAAGUUGAGUAUCCGGACUGGCUUACUGCCAAUGAAUUGCAAGAGACUAGUCAAAUGAUCAUAAAACAAAAUCAAAUGGAACAUUUUAAAGAGGAGGUUCAGUGUCUCACUAGAAAUGCACCGAUUACCAGUAAAAGCGCAAUUUGUAGCUUGAACCCAUUUCUAGAUGCAAAUGGAAUCCUCAGGGUGGGCGGCAGGCUUCAGAGGUCAAAUUUACCUUUAAAUAUGAAAAAUCCCAUAAUUGUCCCCUACAAAUCAAAUUUUACCGAUCUCCUCGUUGCUGACGCCCAUGAGCGUACGUUCCAUGGCGGUCCCCAGUUGAUGCUUAAUUAUCUUCGGUCGAAGUACUGGAUCGUUAAUGCCAGAAGAGCUGUUAAGACUUGCACCCACAAAUGUGUGUCUUGCAUUAGGUAUUCUUCACGCACUUCAAAUCAACUCAUGGGACAGCUCCCGUCAGCCAGAGUCACUCCAUGUCGACCAUUUCAACAAAGUGGUGUCGACUAUGCUGGCCCUAUUUCAAUCAGGACAAGUAAGGGGAGAGGACAUAGAUCAGCUAAGGGCUACAUAUGCUUAUUCAUUUGUAUGUCUACUAGAGCCAUACAUCUGGAGGCAGUGAGCGACUUGACUUCUGAGGGUUUCAUUGCAGCUUUUAAACGAUUUGUCGCUAGAAGAGGCCAUUGCUCAGAUCUGUGGAGCGAUAAUGGUACCAAUUUUGUGGGGGCUUCAAGAGAAUUGGCUGCACUAUUGGCUGAAGAAAGAUCUCUAGUGAGUAAAGACAUCGCUGACUGGUUGUCUACAAAUGGAACGGAGUGGCAUUUUAUUCCACCCCGUGCUCCCAAUUUCGGAGGACUGUGGGAGGCGGGAGUACGGUCAACAAAGCACCAUUUAAGAAGAGUAAUCGGAACUUCUACACUCACCUUCGAAGAAAUUACAACCGUACUGUCUCAAAUUGAAGCCUGCCUCAAUUCGAGGCCAAUUUCUAAAAUGAGUGACAGCCCUGAUGACCCUCAGCCUCUUACACCAGGUCAUUUCCUAAUGGCGUUGUGCUUACUUGACUCGCGGUGUUAA